CACAUGAAUGUGUAAAAUACAGUAUGUGUGACAGCAUUUUUGGCUACAAUUUAAAAGGCCUUAAUUCUUUUAACAAAACUCCACAUUAAUUGAUUCUCAAAAAAAAAAAAAAAAAACUCCACAUUAAUCUUCAUUGAGGCUUUGCCCUUCUCGCAACAAGAAUCCAUGUUGGACCUCAACCCUUCUUCUCUAAUUCCCUUCUUCACCACCUUAUCUCUCAGCUACCUCUUCAUCCCACUGAUCUUCAUCUUCAUCAUCUUCCACUUCCUCUCAAACUCUCAUCCCCAUUCCAAAACCCCAUGUCCACAAUCAUACCCCAUAAUUGGAAACCUCCCAGGCUUCCUUCGAAACCGCCAUAGAUUCCAUGAUUGGGUCACCGAUAUGCUUUCCCAAACCCCAUCUUCUACUCUCCGAGUCCGUUCCUUCCUUGACCUCUCCCAUGGAAUCGGCACCGCAAACCCCACAAACCUCGAACACUUCCUCCACCUAAACUUCCCAAACUACAUCAAAGGCUCUCGCUUCUACAGCGUCCUCAAUGAACUCCUUGGUGAUGGUAUUUUCAAUGUCGACGGUCAUCUCUGGACUCUUCAACGCAAGAUUGCAAGUCAUGAAUUCAACACCAGAUCACUCAAACACUUCAUUUCUUUCACUGUCAAUUCCGAAAUCUCGAACUCCCUCAUUCCUUACCUCUCUAGCAACGAAGAUAAAGUCAUUGAUCUUCAAGACGCGUUGCAAAGGUUCGGUUUUGACAACAUAUGCCACGUUGCUUUUGGUGUAAACCCCACGUGUUUAGCCUCCGACAACAUGUAUCAGAACUCGCCAAGCUCUAACUUUGUUAAAGCUUUCAAUGUUGCCGUGGAGAUUAGCUCUUUAAGGAUGUUGUCACCACUGCCUAUAAUAUGGAAGAUCAAGAGGUUUCUCAACAUGGGCUCCGAAAAGAGAUACAAAGAAGCACUAAAAGUGAUCAACCACUACGCAAUGGAAAUCAUUAGGUCCAAAGAAGAAGAAGAAGAACAACAACAAGAUGGCAGUGAAGAAUCACUUCGAAAUCAAGACUUGCUAUCGAGAUUCAUGUACUCCUCGAGCUUGAACACACAGGAUUUUAAAGACAAAGAACAAAACAGGAAGUUCUUGAGAGAUAUAGUCAUAAGCUUCAUACUUGCUGGGAGUGAAUCAACCUCGACGACCUUGACAUGGUUCUUUUGGUUGAUCUCAGGGCAUCCUCGAUGUGAGCAACGAAUAUACGAAGAGCUGUUGUCAAACUCAUCAAUGGUGCAAGGAAAACAGUGCGGUAAUAUUCUCAGCUAUGAUGAGUUAAAGAAACUCCAUUACCUACACGCAGCCAUAACCGAGUCAAUGAGGUUGUUCCCACCUGUACCGAUGGAGUCAAGAUUAGCGGUGGAUGAUGAUGUUUUGCCUGAUGGGACCUACGUGGGAAAGGGCUGGUUUUGUGAUUACUCAGCUUAUGCAAUGGGGAGGAUGGAGAAGAUUUGGGGAAAGGAUUGUAGGGAGUUUAGGCCUGAGAGAUGGUUAAAUGAUGAUGGGGAUUUUCAGCCGUCGGAUCAGUUUAGGUUCCCUGUGUUUCAUUGUGGGCCCAGGAUUUGCUUGGGUAAAGAGAUGGCUUAUGUUCAGAUGAAGUCUGUGGUGGCAGCUUUGAUGUUUGAGUUUGAGAUCAUGGCUAUUGAUGGUGGUGCGAGUCCAGAGAAGAUGAUGAACCCGCCUUACAUGCUAUCACUACUAGUUAAGAUGAGAGGUGGAUUGCCUGUGAGGAUAAAGAGGAGACAGCAAUGACUGACACAUGAAAGGCGGGUAGGAAAUUGUGUGGUGGGCAUCAAAUCUAGACAUGGCAAAACGGGU